CGUCCAGUUCUUUUGCAUAAUCAUCUCCGUUGUGCACUCUGUCUUCUCUGGAGGACACUGGAGCCAUGCAGUGCUGAGAUUAACACCAGGGACUAUUUAUUGAUAAUUUGUCUUGUAGAUAAUAUUUACCGGGCUUUUCUGUGUUGUGCGCUAAGCUUGUUCCACAAGACCAGCCCGGGUUCAGGCUGCUCAUCUGGCAGCAGGUGGUGCGACAUUGUGGACCGGGGAAGUCACGCACAUCUCUCCGUGGUUGUCAGUAAAUAAUUUAUAUAUGGUAUAAGGUGCUCGCUCUGGACAUUGGAGGUGGUAAAAGUGACUGUCAGGGAUGCUCGGCCAAUCUCCUCACCUUAUCGGGGGCAUCUUGUGGAUCCAGAAUCCAAUGAGAGCUGUUUACUGCAACCUGAGCCAGAAUGGCAGCGACCACCAGAUGUGCCCGGAUGAUAUGACGUCACAGCUGGAGGAAGAGGAGGAGUCUGUAGAUGGUCCUGUGCUGCUGGACGAUGACAGUCCGAGCUACCAGGACGUCAGCCCCCCUAUAUACCAGCGCCGCCCGCCGCCACACCGCUCUGUCUCGGAGUCUGAGCUGUCACGGCCAGGAUAUGUGAAGCUGUCCAAGCCAGUGGCCUUGUGGACCCAACAGGACGUGUGCAAAUGGCUGAAAAAACACUGUCCCAAUCAGCACCAGAUCUACAGCGACUCCUUCAAACAGCACGACAUCACAGGGCGGGCUCUGAUGAGACUGACAGACAGAAAGCUGGAAAGAAUGGGUAUCAUGCAGGAAGCCCAGAGGCAGCACAUCCUUCAGCAGGUCCUGCAGCUUCGCGUUCGGGAGGAAGUCAGGACCCUUCAACUUCUCACACAAGCCUCUCUGGAGUGCACUCCAUCUUCACCAUAGCCUGAUCUUAAAGGAGGACUACCCAGUCACAAAAGGACGUGGACGCCCACCGCCUUGCCAACCUCCACCCAAUAUGUGGUGCCCAGACUUCUUUGUGGAACAAUCUCCGUCUCACACCUUUGGUCUCCAUCCUCAUCCGAUCUGGAAAAAAAAACUCAUGCCUUCUUCCCAGCCACUCCUGAGAAGCUCCCACGACUUCUGAUUUGCUGUUUCCUCGCAGUCCAAACAAUCUCUCACAGUGUCCUGGAAUCCGACCACUAGUUUCCAUUACAGGCGUCCCAUCUCCAGUCAUUUCUGACCUUUGCAGCCAAACCUCCGCUAGACCUCUCACGCUAUAACUCUCACACUCCUCUCAGAAUCACUUCGCCCCCUCUCCCUCAAGAUCCACGGCCACAGCCAAGCCCUUCCCACAAUUAAUCUACCAAAAAUGCAACACUUGCCUUGGCUGAGAUUCCUAAAAGCAUUCAAACAUAAAACAUCAUUGCCUUGUGAUCGGAUGAUAGUUUCAUCUGUGUUUGCUGAUUUGCUUCUAGGGAAACCUACCCUACCCUUACAGUAAAUAAAUGAUGCCUACAAUCCACUUCUCCAUUCCAACUCAAACACAGUCUCUUGGUCUGUUUGUGAAAUGUUAGCGCCUUCAUUAUAGCACCUUAAUGUGUAUUUUCUUCCAUGAGUACUUAGUACUGCUGAGCCUGGCUCUGCCCUACUAAGGACUUUCAGUAGUGGCAACAUAUAGACUAUCUCCAAAACCAGUACUAUACACCUCUUCUUCCCUUAUUCUUCCUCUUUAUCACCUCACAGACUAUUUCCACAACUCCAAUGGGGUGACACAUUUUACACAACCAUGCGUGUGUUUUUGUGCUCUCAUUCUGUGCAUAGAUCCUGUAAACGGUGUUUAAAACGUCUUUCAUAUCUCUUCACUUUUUGCCCUCUCCGUAUUGUGGAUCACUCUCUUAGGGUAGACAGUAAGCCUGAGAAAGCCUCACUGUGAAAAGACAACCAACAGUUCGUAUAGGGAAUAAACACUGAACCUGGCAUCACACUAGGUACGGAUAAGUUGGCUCCUCUGAAAAGAACGACAUUGUUGUGAAAAGCAAUCUGAAGCAGAACCUGGGGGGAAAAAAGGGAUAAACUGCGAGAAGGAAAUUCCCUCAGUGUCCCGAAAAACACCGUAAAAAUGGGAAAGGGAGUGGCUGAAAGAAAAGAAAAAGGAGCAGGCACAGCAAAAGGGCUUCGUAAAACAAGAGAUGCUUCGACUUGAAACUUUACCGCUGAUGAGGAGAGAAAAGGAAGAAAAUACAUCACAGAUAACAAGAAUAAGAAGAGGCUUUUUCAUAUCCUCCCCUAUGUAUCGCUGACUCUUUUAUUGUUUUGUCUGCUUUCCAUCUCACAGCUUUAAACUAUUUUUAGAUGAGAUGUAUUGAAAAUAGUGUAGAAGGAGAUGUGCUGUGUGCAAAAGCUCAUUAUGGAAAUGUUGUCUGUCAGUCUGUUAGGAAGAUGCACUGUAUUCUUUUUAUCUCUGAUAAAAAAAAACUCAAUCUC